UAUCGCGCAACGAAUCUAACUACCAAAGCUUCUCCUCUGCCGUCUUGCUUAGAGCCCGUGGCUGUUAGAGAUGCUGCAGACAGUAUGACAUGGCUCCAAUCUGUAAAGAGGCUCUAUUCCCUCGAUACUCUAGAUACUCGUUUUGUCGUCCCGUCGUCUACUCCACCCAGAGAUGCAGAGACGGAACUGAGGACCGAUUCUACAAACCCUAGUUCGAUCGCAUCUUCGGCACCGGCUAAAGAUGGGCAAUCAAACUCUACACUCAAAGCUCGAUCCGCUGGUGAUGUUCAGUCGCCGUUGUGGAAUACACCCGAAUUCUAUUUCUACUAUUUUUGCUUCAUAACGAUUGUGCCAUACAUGUUCAAAACCGGAUAUGACGUAUCGAAAACGACACAUCCGGGUUAUCCACAGUACUCUCACCUUCUGUCAGAGGGAUGGAUCCCAGGCCGGAAGGUCGUAAGUAUUUUGUUCCUCCUAGGCCAAAUGUCUUGUUCUCAGUAUUUCAGGAUAAUUCAGACGCUCAAUAUUCGUCUUUUCGAGACAAUUUGCCUUACUUGGCCAUCGUCUUAGUUCUUCAUCCUGUACUUCGGAAGCUCUAUGACUCCUUUUGGCGCUCAAAUUCCUACAUCGAAGUUAAAAAAUCUAAUGGUCACGGUCGGAAUGGUCAUCAGCUCACUAUGGGUCUCACUGCGAGCGCAGCAGCAGAUACACGAAUGGCCCAGCGAAUUACGUUCGACUUCUACUUCGCCCUUAUGUUCAUUGUGGCCUUGCACGGCUUUUCGUCUCUAAAGGUCCUAUUGAUUCUGCUGAUGAAUUACAAAAUUGCGAAAAAUGUGCCGAAGCAAUACAUUCCAACCUGCACCUGGAUCUUCAACAUUACGGUUUUGUUUGCGAAUGAACUUCUGAGAGGUUAUCCAUUUACUUUUGUCGCUGCUUCAAUUCAGGGCUCGGACAAAGCCUCAAGUGCCGUGCUGCUUGGUGAGUGGCUAGACUCACAUGGCGGUUUGAUCCCGAGGUGGGAGGUCUUGUUCAACAUCACUGUGUUAAGACUAAUCAGCUUCAACCUCGACUACUACUGGAGCAUGAAUAUGCGAGGUGGAAGUGCCGUCGAGAAGAAACAACUUGAUCCCUCUAACCUAAGCGAACGUGAUCGUGUUGCAAUGCCAGCGAAGAGCGAAGACUACAACUUCCGUAACUAUUUGGCAUAUGUCCUUUAUUCUCCCCUCUAUCUCACGGGCCCAAUUCUUACGUUUAACGAUUACAUCUCCCAGUCACGAUAUCAGACACCAUCGAUCAAGCUUGACAGAACCGUUCGCUACGCCAUCCGAUUUUUGCUCUGCCUCAUUACCAUGGAGCUUGUCUUGCAUUACAUCUAUGCCGUUGCCAUCUUCAAUGCCAAGCCGGAUUGGAACAUGUACACGCCCAUGCAACUCAGCAUGCUCGGUUACUUCAACCUGCACAUAAUCUGGCUCAAGCUGUUACUUCCGUGGCGCUUCUUCCGACUUUGGUCACUUAUCGAUGGAAUCGAUCCGCCAGAAAAUAUGACAAGAUGUAUGAGCAACAACUACUCUGCGCUCGCGUUCUGGCGUGGUUGGCAUCGGAGCUACAACCGUUGGAUUGUACGGUACAUCUAUGUUCCUCUUGGUGGAAGUAGUUCUGAUGGCCUGCUGGGCAAGGCGAGGAGCAUCUUGAAUUAUCUGGCCGUAUUCACCUUCGUGGCACUAUGGCAUGACAUCAAUCUAAAACUUCUCAUGUGGGGAUGGUUGAUCACUUUGUUUGUCGUGCCGGAGAUCCUAGCAACAAUCUGGGGUCGGAGGUUUCGGUCGCAGCCGACAAAGUAUCGCAUUCUUUGCGGCAUUGGCUCAGUGUUCAACAUUUUGAUGAUGAUGGUAGCCAACCUCGUCGGCUUUGCAAUUGGAAUCGAUGGGCUCAAAGGCUUGGUCGCCGCAAUUUUCGGCAGCUCGUGGGGUGCGGCCUUUUUGGCCGCAGCAUGUGGCACCCUCUUCGUCGGCGUGCAAGUCAUGUUUGAGGUGCGGGAACAAGAGAAGAGAGAAGGUAUCAGGAUGAAGUGUUGACCGAGAUUUUUUGAUGAUACCAAAAAAAUGUAAUAAUUAAUUUACACCCAAGUUAUGACUUUUCAUGUCGUUGAACCACCGACAGUUAGCUCGCUC